AUGGGCGAAAUACAUCACAGGCAGUGAAGUCUCUGCGUCUCAAGUCCACGCCCCUGUGGCUGGUAGUACAUGCCUACACAGUCUUGCCCGGGAUCCAGAAAAGCUGGCGGACGGGGGACAAAGAGGACCGAGCGCGUCCCGGAUCCCGAAACCUCGACGCAGGAAAAGCCGAACCCUCACAUCCUCAAGUCAAGGACUUACCCGAAAUAAACAGGCAUUAUGAUUCCUGUGAUGGAAUUCCGGCAGUUCACUGAACAGCAGCCGGCGUUCAGGGUCCUAAAGCCGUGGUGGGACGUGUUCACCGACUACCUGUCCGUCAUCAUGCUCAUGAUCGGCGUCUUCGGCUGCACUCUUCAGGUAGCUCAAGACAAAAUCAUUUGCCUUCCUCAGAGAAUGUCAUCAAACGCCAGUGAACUGGACUUAAAGUCAGUGUUACACGUGCAGGCCAACGCUUCAGCUCCGCCUAAAGAAAUGAAAGGCCUGAAGACCAAUUUGGACAUUCAACAGUACAGUUUCAUCAACCAGAUGUGUUAUGAGAAGGCCCUGCAUUGGUAUGCCAAGUACUUUCCUUACUUGGUCCUCAUACACACUGUGGUUUUCAUGGUGUGCAGCAACUUCUGGUUCAAAUUCCCCGGCUCGAGUUCUAAGAUAGAGCACUUUGUCGCUAUGCUCGGCAAGUGCUUUGACUCUCCCUGGACCACGCGUGCUUUGUCUGAGGUGUCCGGAGAAAACCCUGAAGAAAAGGACAGUAAAAAGAACAGUGACCUGGCUUUAUCGCCCGGAGAAGGCAUUCUGGAGAAGUCGCCGUCCCUUCGGUCCAUCCCCGAGAAGAUUGUAGCCGACAAGGCGGCCAGUGUCCUUGAUAAAAAGGAGGGCGAACAAGCCAAAGCUCUUUUUGAAAAAGUGAAGAAGUUUCGUUUGCACGUGGAGGAAGGAGACAUCCUCUACCUUAUGUACGUUCGCCAGACUGUGUUCAAGGUGUUUAAAUUCCUCCUAAUCAUUGCCUAUAACAGUUCUCUGGUAAAUAAGGUGCGGCAUAGGGUACAUUGCGAAGUUCCCAUCCAAGACAUGAUUGGUUACAAAGAGUUUCAGUGUAAUCACACUAUGGCUCAUUUGUUUUCAAAGCUUUCCUACUGUUACCUCUGCUUGGUGGCCGUCUAUGGAUUAACAAGUCUUUACACCUCUUACUGGCUGUUUUACCGCUCGCUCAAAGAAUACUCCUUUGAGUAUGUGCGUCAGGAAACAGGCAUCAGCGACAUCCCGGACGUCAAGAACGACUUUGCCUUCAUGCUACACAUGAUUGAUCAGUAUGACCCACUGUAUUCGAAAAGAUUUGCUGUUUUUCUGUCGGAGGUCAGCGAGAACAAAUUGAAACAACUCAAUCUAAACCACGAGUGGACUGCGGAGAAACUGCGCCAACGGAUCCAGACUAAUGGCAACAACAGACUUGAACUUCAGCUUUUCAUGCUUCCGGGGCUGCCCGACACCGUUUUUGAGCUAUCAGAGCUGCAGUCGCUCAAACUGGAGAUCAUUAACAACGUCACCAUCCCUGCCUCCAUCUCUCAGCUUGAGGACCUUCAGGAAUUGUCUCUUUAUCAGUGCUCUUUAAAGCUGCACCUAACCGCUACCUCCUUCCUCAAAGAGAACCUGAAAGUGCUUCGCGUGAAGUUUGACGAUAACAGGGAACUUCCAAACUGGAUGUAUGGCCUUCGCACCUUAGAAGAGCUCUAUCUCAUUGGCUCAUUCAGCACCGAUGCCUCUAAGAAUAUAGUUCUUGAGUCAUUGCGGGAGCUGAAGUGCUUGAAAACACUGUCCCUUAAGAGUAAUUUGACCAAGAUUCCUCAGUCAAUAGUGGAUGUUUCCAGUCAUCUGCAGCGGCUGUACCUACACAACGAUGGCACCAAGCUAGUGAUGCUCAACAACCUGAAAAAGAUGACCAAUCUUAUCGAGCUGGAGCUUGUGCGCUGUGACCUUGAACGCAUCCCUCAUGCAAUCUUCAGCCUUACAAACCUACAAGAGCUUGACCUGAAAGAGAACAACAUUCGCUCAAUAGAGGAGAUUAUCAGCUUCCAACAUCUUCGCAAGCUCACCUGUCUCAAGCUCUGGUACAAUGGCAUCAUGUACAUCCCAGAGCACAUCAAGAAGCUCAGCAGCUUAGAACGUCUCUACUUCAGCCAUAACAAGAUUGAGAUAUUGCCUUCGCACCUGUUUCUGUGCCACAAGCUGCGCUCGCUGGACUUGUCUAACAACGACAUUCGAUUCAUUCCUCCAGAAAUCGGAGUUCUCCAGAGUCUGCAAUAUUUCUCAGUCAGCUGCAACAAAAUUGAAAACCUACCAGACGAGUUGUUCUUUUGCAAAAAGCUCAAAACGCUGAAGCUGGGCAAGAACUCGCUGUCCAUACUCUCGCCAAAGAUUUCAUACCUGGCUCAGCUGACAUACCUCGAGCUCAAAGGCAACCACUUCGAGGUCCUGCCACAGGAGCUUGGUUUGUGUCGCGCUUUAAAGAGCAGCUGCCUUAUAGUGGAAGAGACAUUGUUUGAAACUCUGCCCUCAGACGUCAGGGACCAAAUGGGGGCAGAGUGACAUGCCUUACUGUUGCCGUAGUGCCUGCUGCUUUGUUUUGUGCCUCAACUCAACUUGAGUUUGGUUUUAACUCAUUACCAUACUUAAGUAUUACACUACAAUUAAGAGUAAUUAUUUUUUUCCCAUUUCCUUGAUAAAGGAGGGAAAGUACGCUUUUUUUGUUUGUUUUUUUUUUACUUUACAUAUGGUCACGUAGAGUGUGGCUCAACAGGGGUGCUUGAUGCAAUGCAUUUUUGGAAUCCCACUGUUUUAAUGAAAAGACUGAAACCAAACGUGUAUUCAUAUACAGUAUUAAACGAAUUAAUGCUUAAGCUAGAGAAAGAGAUUAGCUUAGUUCAGCUUAGCUUAGCACAAACAUCCAGCCUGGCUCUGUUUAAGAUGACACCAGCCAAGUUAGAUAAUAAACUUUUUGGACAUGGGGAGUUAUGUAGAUUGAGUUUCAUGAAAUGUUUUUCAGCCCGGUGCUUUUUCAGAAUUAGUGACUCUAGACACGCUCAUUGGUGUAUUUUUAAUCACUGAAUCGAGCCAAAGUGCUCAUCGUUAUACUAGGCUAACGGCGCCUCUCCAUUUUAGUUUGCCAUUGAAAUCACACAAUCUGACUGCUACAAAAAAUAAUUACUGAAUGUAAAAUUUAAACUGAAGACCUCGCUUAGGAUGAGGCGGUAGCCUUAUGUUGUAAAUAUUUUAAGGUGCCCUUAUUAAGUCUUAUUUUCUUUAGGAGACUGUUAUAAUUGUAGACUGCAGCAGGGAUAUGCAUAAUAAGCAAAGAACAUAUCUUUAUAAGUACAUAUAUUUCCUUGGCCAAAUACUUCUGUAUUAUGCAUAGAUGUCAUUGUAAAGUGCAUUAAACUUGAAGGACUGUG